CAUAGAGCCGCACUGCUUCCGGUCCCAUGGGGGCGGGGAAAGGAGCCGGAAGUCCGGUGGGCUCCGGGCGUCGAGAUGGAGGCGAGCGAGUACGAGUCUGUUCUCUGUGUCAAGCCGGAGGUCCACGUCUACCGCAUCCCACCGCGGGCCACCAACCGCGGAUACAGGGCCUCGGAGUGGCAGCUGGACCAGCCAUCAUGGAGUGGCCGGCUGCGGAUCACUGCGAAGGGUCAGGUGGCCUACAUCAAGCUAGAGGACAGGACCUCAGGGGAGCUCUUUGCCCAGGCGCCAGUGGACCAGUUUCCUGGCACAGCUGUGGAGAGUGUGACGGAUUCCAGCAGGUACUUCGUUAUCCGCAUUGAGGACGGAAAUGGGCGGCGGGCGUUCAUUGGGAUUGGCUUUGUGGACCGGGGUGAUGCCUUUGACUUCAACGUGGCGUUGCAGGAUCAUUUCAAAUGGGUGAAACAGCAGUGUGAGUUUGCAAAGCAAGCCCAGAACCCAGACCAAGGCCCCAAGUUAGACCUGGGCUUCAAGGAGGGCCAGACCAUCAAGCUCAACAUCGCAAACAUAAAGAAGAAGGAAGGAACCGGGAGUCCCCGAGCCAGGCCUGCCAGCACAGGAGGGCUGAGCCUGCUUCCCCCGCCCCCAGGGGGCAAAACCUCCACACUGAUCCCACCCCCUGGGGAGCAGUUGUCUACAGGAGGGUCCUCUGUGCAGCCAGCAGUUGCUCCUGGUACAGGAGGUGCCACUGAAUCCUGGCCACAGCCCAAGCCUGCUACUGCUGACAUCUGGGGAGACUUUACCAAAUCCACAGGGUCGGCUUCCAGCCAGACUCAGUCCGGCACAGGCUGGGUCCAAUUUUGACCUGAGCACGGAGCCCUGUUUCCUCCCUGGACUUCUGGGAAGGCGCUGCCUCAUCUGGGAAGGAGGCGAGCACUCCUUGCUGGCCCCUGGAGCACCACUCUCCCCUCCUUGCCUGA